AUGAGGGCAAAGGCUAUUUGCCCUGGUAGUGCCCUGCCCAUAAGCCCAACAGAAGCUAAGGACACCAGAGUGUCACAUCCUAGCCUAGGGAGGGCCAGAAUGUGGUGUUCUGAGGGUGAAAUAUCUUUGCCUCAGAAUUCCAUAGCUUCUUUGCGGUCCUGGCCUCCUGUCACAUCCAUAACAGGAGACCACUCUUUGUACCCCGAGUACUCGCGGGACAACCGCUACCAACCAGCAACCAGAUGUGACAACUUCACCAUGCAAGAGGGAGACUCGCCUCCAGCGGCAGACGAGACUCCAGAGUUGUCGGAGGCGGAGCAGGUCAAGAUCUUGAUGGCGAGCAAGAAGGGACGUCUAGUCUUGCAAAACGGCGACGUAGUCGAGAAUGGCAGACUCCUCAUCGCAGACCCUACGGACGAAAUGGAAAAAGGCUUAACACCUCUAUCUCCGGUGUUAACCCAUUGGCUGAAGACGUUCAAGUCUUACAUACCCUUAACGGCUUUCAACCGAAUCUUCCUCCUCGAUGACCAACAAGAGUGGAGUCGUCGGAAAGCCCCCGCCGGCUCCAAAAUAGACGACGGUGCCGCCUCAUUACGCGUCUACGGCGGACCCCCUCCCCCCGAAGAACUCACCAUGCAGUUCGAGCAUUGGAUCGACGCCAUGGCCCUAUUCAUCAAAUAUGUGGCAGAAGCUGGUUGGACAACGCUGGCAGAGCGUUUCAAAGGCCAUCGAGACGUGGUGAUGGGCUUACGUGAUAACUAUGGUUGGAUGGUCGCCCUUCGAUACUGCCGUCGCCUGCGUCAAGGAGUAAUGCGCGAAACUAUUGACAACAAGAUCAAGAAUUUCAGUAAAUUGCAAUCCGCGAUCUUCGACGAGGCUAAGCUAAUCGCAGACUCAAUGCAAGAGAGGGCCUACCGAUCGAACCCUUACGCACCAGACGGCCCGCUGUGCCACAUCAACCCGUUGACCGGCGUGGCGAGACCAUCCUCCUCGAAGAAGACCACCACGGAACAAGCGGGAUCGACUGGUACAGCCAGAACCACUGGGGUGGAAGGCGGUUACUCCAGAAAGACGAAACGCAACUGGGUUCCAGACGACAUGUGGAACAAGAUGUCCUCAGAAGAGAAGAGAAAUGCCCACAAGAAGAGAUGA